ACAGGCACCAUGGCCAGCAGCAGGGGCCUACCACUCCUGCUGCUGUUGCCACAGCUGCUCCUGGGCCCUGUACUGGCUGUGAGGGCACCUGUGUUUGGCCAAAGUGACACCCACAGCCUGAGCCCUGAGGAGAAUGAAUUUGUGGAGGAGGAGCAGCCUGUGCUAGUCCUGAGCCCUGAGGAGCCAGAGCCCGGCCCAACCACCAUCAACUGUCCCCGAGAUUGUGCCUGCUCCCAGGAAGGCGUUGUAGACUGUGGUGGCAUUGACCUGCGUGAGUUUCCAGGCGACCUGCCGGAGCACACCAACCAUCUGUCCCUGCAGAACAACCAGCUGGAGAAGAUCUACCCUGAGGAGCUGGCUCGGCUGCAGCGCCUGGAGACGCUCAACCUUCAGAACAACCGCCUGACUUCCCGAGGGCUCCCAGAAGAGGCGUUUGAGCAUCUGACUAGCCUCAAUUACCUGUACCUGGCCAACAACAAGCUGACACUGGCACCCCGAUCCCUGCCAAACGCCCUGAUCAGUGUGGACUUUGCUGCCAAUUAUCUCACUAAGAUCUAUGGACUCACCUUUGGCCAAAAGCCAAAUCUGAGGUCUGUGUACCUGCACAACAACAAGCUUGCAGAUGCCGGGCUGCCAGACAACAUGUUCAAUGGCUCCAGCAACGUCGAGAUCCUCAUCCUGUCCAGCAACUUCCUGCGCCACGUGCCCAAACACCUGCCACCUGCCCUGUACAAGCUGCACCUCAAGAAUAAUAAGCUAGAGAAGAUCCCCCCUGGGGCCUUCAGUGAGCUGAGCAACCUGCGGGAGCUGUACUUGCAAAACAACUUCCUGACUGAUGAGGGCCUGGACAACGAGACCUUCUGGAAGCUCUCCAGCCUGGAGUACCUGGACCUGUCCAGCAACAACCUGUCGCGGAUCCCAGCGGGUCUUCCCCGCAGCCUGGUCCUGCUGCACCUGGAGAAGAACGUCAUCCAGAACGUAGAUGCUGACGUGUUGACACCCAUCCGCAGCCUUGAGUACCUGCUGCUGCACAGCAACCAGCUGCGGGCCGAGGGCAUCCACCCGCUGGCUUUCCAGGGCCUCAAGCGGCUGCACACAGUACACCUGUACAACAAUGCGCUAGAGCGCGUGCCCAGUGGCCUGCCCCGCAGAGUUCGCACUCUGAUGAUCCUGCACAACCAGAUCACGGGCAUAGGCCGUGAGGACUUCGCCACCACCUACUUCCUGGAAGAGCUCAACCUCAGCUACAACCGCAUCACCAGCCCACAGAUGCACCGGGAUGCCUUCCGCAAGCUACGCCUGCUGCGCUCCCUUGACCUGUCUGGCAAUCGCCUGCAAACCCUGCCUCCGGGCCUGCCUAGAAAUGUACACGUGCUGAAGGUCAAGCGCAAUGAGUUGGCUGCCCUGGCUCGUGGGGCACUAGCUGGCAUGGCCCAGCUACGGGAACUCUACCUCACAGGCAAUCGACUGCGUAGCCGGGCCCUAGGACCCCGUGCCUGGGUGGACCUUGCUGGUCUGCAGCUGCUGGACAUCGCUGGGAACCAGCUCACAGAGAUCCCCCAGGGGCUCCCCCCAUCGCUUGAGUACUUGUACCUGCAGAAUAACAAGAUCAGCUCUGUUCCUGCCAACGCUUUCGACUCCACUCCCAACCUCAAAGGGGUCUUUCUCAGAUUUAACAAGCUGGCCAUGGGCUCCGUGGUGGAAAGCGCCUUCCGGAGGCUGAAACACCUGCAGGUCUUGGACAUUGAAGGCAACUUUGAGGUUGGUGACAUUUCCAAGGACCGGGGCCACAUAGAUGAGGAAGAGGAAGAAGAGGAGGAUGAGGAGGAUGAGGAAGAGGAAACGGGACCGUAA